AUGGUCGUUUGCCUAAACUGCGGCAAGCGGCCCGAGUUUCGGUGCGCAGGUUGCGGCGUUGCAAGAUUUUGCUGCCAGGCCUGUCAGCGGGCUUGCUGGAAAGGACACCGCCCACACUGUGGCAGUGCGCCAGACCUGACAGCCAAGGACCUGGUGGAGAAUGUGCCUGAGGCCUUCGCAUCAGCCUGGCCGGAAGAGGAGCAGCUGAGCGACGCGCUGCUUUUGGCGCAGCUGCUGAAAGCGCUUGGUGUUUGCAAGGACGGGCGCAUCCUUGGCCAGCAGCCUUUGCUCGAAACAGAGCUUUGGGAGCACAUCACGAAAUCCCGCCGCGGCCUCGCUGCCCUUCUCUUCGGGCGGAACU